UGUGGGAAAGAUAAUCAAACAAAUUCAACAUGCAUGGCGUUCUCGGUUGGAAGUGGCCAAAGAUGACUAUAUCUUCAUUUUUGAAGAUGAAGGAGGGAACUGCGCUGAUCUACUGUUUGUACUGCGUAGGAUUUUUGGAUUUAUUUGCUGUAAGCUGCUUCCUACCUCUAUUGACUCACAGAGCCAGAGAGCUUGGGGCAUCACCGUCACUUGUCGGAGUUAUCGGGUCCAUAUAUGGUGGCCUUCAAUUCUUUUCCAGUCCUGUCAUGGGCAAACUGAGUGAUGUAUUUGGAAGAAAAAAUCUUCUUCUGAUUAGCCUCUUUGGUGCGGCUGUAGGUUAUAUUCUAACAGGAAUUCCAACAACAUUACUUUUUCUAGCACUCAGCAGAGUUCCAGUAGGGAUUUUCAAGCACAGUCAAAGUAUUGCAAAGACAUAUCUUUCAGAUGUUUCACCCUCUUUAGAUCACCCUAAAGUGUUUGGGAACUUCAAUGCAUUUUCUAGUCUUGGUUUUGUCAUUGGUCCAUUGAUCGGCGGCCAUUUGGCCAUGCAGUCAAAUGGUUUCUCCAGGGUGACCACUUUAACUGGAUUCAUUUUCUUGAUCAAUUUUUUCUUUGUGUGGCUUUUUGUGACACCUGUUGAACAAGUGAAGAAGCAGUCUUUUACAAGGAAAGAACAGGAUGCAUUCCUUGCUAAAGACAAUACAGCAAACAACACAAUAGAUAACCACACAGAGGAAGAACUGGAUAGAAAAGAACUGAGGGAUAGAAAAGCACUCAGUGAAAGAGCAGGCUCCUCCACAUCCCAUGGAACAAGUAUAUACAAAAUUUCUUCAAUAGGUUCCUCACUGGAUUUGAUAGUAAUUCGUUUCGUGAUGGGAUUUUCAAUGCUAGUCUUCCGCAGCAACUUCACAUCCAUGUUAGAGUUUCACUUUAACACCAGUCCAAAAACCAAUGGCUAUAUUAUGUCUUACAAUGGUCUAGUGGGUGGUUUUUCUGGAAUUCUAGUGGGAAAGAUAGCAAAAUUCUACAAUCACAAUGAUGCAAAGAUGCAACUUCAUUUCUCACUACUUCUCAUGGCAUCACUUCUUGGCAUAACAUUCUCACCCAGUAUAUUGUUCAUUCCAGUCUUCAUUACACCACUGGCCAUCUCAAGUGCAGUUUGCCGUGUCUGCACGACUAAUCUCACUUUCCGUAGGGGCAGUGAGGAUGAGAAAGGGGUCAUGUUAGGGAUAGGGAACUCAUUACUGUCAUUUGCACGAAUGAUUUCUCCUGCUUUAGGUGGGUUUGUUCAGGAGGUAAGUGUGUACGGGCCUGGUAGCAUUGGUGCUCUUAUAGCUGGCAUAGGUGUUGUUAUCAUGAUACUUUUCCCACUUGAUAGGCCCAGAGUGAACAAAAAGGAGAAAAAAGACCAGUGAGAAAUACAUUUAACACUAUGCUUUUGAUUCCAUCCAUGUUACAAAGAAACCUUUCACAAUCUUCUAUGUCAUUAUCAAGUAUAAAUUAAAGCAUAUUAUUUUUAAAAAGAAUGAAACCCUUGCACUGAUUAUCUGUUGGCAGAGGGUAGACAUGAGUUGAGAAUGGUUAAGAAUGGGAAGGAUUAAUUUAAGUUUAUUGAUAUCAUAUAAUAAUAAAUAAUUGUUCUUGAACAUGAGAAAUAUAAGCUUCGACUAGAGUUGUGUUAAAAUUAAUUGUAACCCUUAACUCCCAUGAGUGACCAAGAAAGACUUUCUCCUUACAAUAUCAACACAUUAUCGUGCAGGUAAGUCAUGAGGAUAAAGAAAAAUGUCAAUUUGGUUUUCAAAUCUUUAUUUCAUAAAGUAAAAUACAUAAUGUAUUGAUAAUUAUUUCAAAGUUGAAACAACUCUAAAUUUAUUUCACUGAAAAUUUCUCUCAAAUUAAUUAAUAUGUAACCCUACAGGCAAAGUUAUUGGUUGUUCCUUGAGAGUAUUUCCACUGUACAUUUGAAAGAAUUAAUCUCUUAAAUUGUAUGUUUUUUAUAAUAUUAUUUUGUACCCAAUCUCUGAGAGGUAUUAGCCUCUGUUGGCAAGAGAAUUAGUCACUAUCAGUGGUAAUUAUUUUUAAUUUCUGUUUAAAUGUAGAUUUUCUUUUUGAACAAUGUUCCAUUUUGCUCAGAAUGCUUGCAGAUAACAUACAUGUAUCAAGUACUUGUCCAGAACACAAACAUGUAACAUGUAAUCCAAUCUAUUUUCAGUUCAAAGGCAAGCUAUGACACUUGAAACCAUAGUUAUGUACAGCUGUAAAUCUUGUAUUUCAAAUGUGAGAAUUUUAGAAAAUUCUCUCAACAGUAUUUUAUAUUGGACAAAAUAUUUAAUAACAUAGAAUUAUUUACUAAAGAAAAAAACAUCCUGUAAACCAAAAUGUUGGAUCUAAUGUAUAAUGCAUAAAUCAACAAAUAAAAUACAUUUAAGAGUUAAAUUUCACUUGUAAGUUCUCAGCAACACAGGUUGUUCUCAUCUAAGCAAUUAUAUGGGAUGUAAACUAAAGAAUGUAUCAGAGGUAUUAAAGGAUAUUUUGUCAUGUAAGAGUGUAUAUCCUAGAAAAAUAUUUUAAAUUACAAUCUACUGCAAGUCUUGUGAUGGUGGUCAUCUUUGUAGUAGAGAAGGUGGAGAGUGUACUUUCACUUUUUCAUCCCAUGAGCAGUCAGCAAGCUAUAGGAUGGGAGAAAAAUCAGAGGAAAACCUACAUUCAUUGAUCAUGACUGGUAUUUUUUUCCAUAGUUAAAACUGUUCACAAGGCCAUUUUUAACCUUUAACCCCUAAGAGUUCCUGCCAUCGAAUUUCUCCUUACAGUAUCCCCCCUGAAGUAAACAUUAAGGUUAUGAGAACUGAGGAAUGAUCACCAACUUAUUAAAAUAAGUAGCUCUUGAUUUGUUACCAAAUUCUCCUUGUCAGCACCUUAGGAAAUGUAUAGAGAACAGUGUGGAGAAUAUGCAUACUAAUAUUGAAGUGUAAAGGGUUAAAAAAAAACCC